ACAACAGAGACGUGUCUCUCAUGAUGAGGGAGAUGGACGUGAACGCCAUCGCUGGAACUCUGAAGCUGUAUUUCAGAGAGCUGCCGGAGCCGCUGUUCACGGACGAAAUGUACCCAAACUUCGCUGGAGGCAUCGCGCUGUCUGACAGGGAGGCGAAAGAGAGCUGCAUGCUGAACCUGCUGCUGUCUCUACCGGAGGCCAACCUGGUGACCUUCUUCUUCCUGCUCGAACACCUCAAGCGGGUGACUGAGAACGAGGGCGUCAACAAGAUGUCUUUGCACAACCUGGCCACCGUGUUUGGUCCGACUCUGCUGCGGCCGUCAGAGAAAGACAGCAAACUCUCCAGCAGCUCCACGCCCAUCUCUAUGAACGACAGCUGGUCUCUGGAGGUCAUGUGUCAGGUUCAAGUCCUCCUCUACUUCCUUCAGCUGGAGGGCAUCCCAACCCCCGACAGCAAGCGUCAAAGCCUCCUCUUCACCACUGAAGUAUAACGGGAACAUGGUGCACUGAUUAUUCUGUGCACAGGUUGAAUAUCUGAGGAUUAAUGAGGCGGACGCUGCUGUGUUGCUGUGAGGACGCUUCAUGUGGCCACUAGGUGGACUCAGCAACACAUUAAACUGGAAACAGCCAUAAUCACCACAGCCUGCUGUCAGAAGAAGAUAUAGGACAAAAUAUAUCAUUCCUUUUUUUUAAUUUAAAAUGAUUUGCUGUUCUGUUCCACUGUGCACAUUAGCUCCAUAUUCACAGAGGAGGGAUUUCUGCUGUAUUAAGAUUUAUUUCUGAUAUAUAAAGCUCACCUGUGCCAAUGUGUCCCCUGCUGAUGACCAAACAUUACCCUAAAUGUUUACCUUCAUUUUGUACAGUUUUUAAAAAAAAUAUGAGACUGAAAACUGUAGUUACACAAAGCAACGUGCAGGCAUGUUGACCUUACCUUUUAAAGUGUGCAGGUAUACGAUUUGUAUAGUGACCUUAUUCAGUUUGCAGCUGCUUCUGGUGGUGGUGUUGUCUGUCGAUAUGAGGGCUUUAUAUGGACGUGGUACAGAGAAGAAAUAGGCUAAUCAUUCCAGGAUAUGUAAUGAAUGCUGUGUAUAAUUUUAAUUUCAAAUGUUUUUGUCUAUGUUUAAUAUGUUGUUCCAUGUUUGAUGUCUGAUUUUAAAGAGGCCCUAUUAUGCUUUUUUUUUUCCUUCAGGUUUUCCCAUUCCUGUAGUUUAUUAUACAGGUUUUUGUGCAUGUAAAUGGCCUGCAAAGGCAAAAAUCCCUGUAACGCCUCCAUUUGACUUCCUUGUUUACUUCCAGAACAUAGUAACAUCACUAUGUAACACUCACACUUUUAUUGGCUAGCGCUCCAACAAGACAUGACACAGUAGAUGCACUAAAUACUGAUAUACACCUGAACAUGAUAGGGCCUCUUUAAUUAAUUCUGUAUAUGUGUUGCUUCCUGCUGCAUUCCUUCUCUGUAGUCCACCUUUUAAAAGGACAAAACCACACUGCUGUAGGAAUAAAAUCGACUGGAUUUUAAAUACCAAAUGAUUCCUCUUAGGACCUAUUUAAGGCACAGUUAUUCACUCAUAUUCAAGUCUCCUGGCAUAGGGUUAUCAUCCAUGUACCUAUAGUGUUACUGAAAAUACACUGUGUUCGUGCAUUAAUAUUGUUUUUGUCCCAAUCACUGCAAGUAUUGAAACACUUGCUGGCACAAUCCUUAUCCCUAAAGGCUUAUGUAAAAUAAAAAGCAAUAACUGUUAGUGAUUCUUAGGAUGAGACUUCUUGUAUGUAUGAUUGUGUAAAUAAAGACUUGGUAACAUUA